AUGGAAAAGAAGAUCCGGAAUUUCAAUUCGUUAUGGGUAUUUCAGACGUGCGCUCGCGAUGCCCUCGACAACAUCCGGUUCACGAUGCUCACUCGACAGCGCUCACAGACAAAGAUCGAGUUUGUAAAGCAGAUCGGCUCACAAUUCCACGUACGGAAAGCCAGCUUGGACCUGCGAGGUAGCUGUGUCGACAAAGAAGUGGAGAUGGUUUCCACAGCACCGACAAUGGAGGCUACCGAGCAAGCCGCCUUCCCAUGGAUGGUUCUCAUUGGAGUGCUCCUCCUACUUCUUCUGCUCGCUAUCCUGAUUCUAGCUGUAUGCAGCGCGAUGAGGAGGAACAAGAAGAAGGAGAAACCCUCCGACUACAUGGGUAAAGGAAUGCCUGUGGUGUUCCCUGAGGAGGUAGCCGAAGACGUUGAAAUGGCCACAUGCAGCCACACCUAUGCUCACUAA